UGGGAUCACGUCACCAUGGCCAACCGGGAGUUGGCGUUUAAAGCGGGAGACGUUAUCAAGGUGCUUGAUGCCUCCAACAAGGACUGGUGGUGGGGACAGAUUGACGAUGAAGAGGGCUGGUUUCCGGCCAGCUUUGUAAGGCUCUGGGUCAACCAAGAAGAUGGAGUUGAAGAAGGCACAAGUGAAGUACAGAAUGGACACUUGGAUCCAAAUGCCACUGACUGCCUCUGUCUUGGGAGAACCCUCCAGAACCGAGACCAGAUGAGAGCCAAUGUCAUUAAUGAAAUCAUGAGUACGGAGCGCCACUAUAUCAAACAUCUGAAGGACAUCUGUGAGGGUUAUUUAAAGCAGUGUCGGAAGAGAAGAGACAUGUUCAGUGAUGAGCAGCUGAAGAUCAUCUUUGGCAACAUUGAAGACAUCUACAGGUUUCAGAUGGGCUUUGUAAGGGACUUGGAGAAGCAGUACAACAAUGAGGACCCUCAUCUCAGUGAAAUAGGACCAUGUUUUCUAGAGCAUCAAGAUGGAUUCUGGAUCUACUCGGAGUACUGUAAUAACCACUUGGAUGCAUGCAUGGAGCUUUCCAAAUUAAUGAAAGACGGCAGGUACCAGCACUUCUUCGAAGCUUGCCGUCUCUUGCAGCAGAUGAUUGACAUCGCCAUAGAUGGUUUCCUGUUGACCCCUGUCCAGAAGAUCUGCAAGUACCCUCUGCAGCUUGCAGAACUGCUCAAGUACACGGCACAGGAUCACAGUGAUUACCGGUACGUGGCCGCUGCGCUUGCUGUCAUGAGGAACGUGACCCAGCAGAUCAACGAGCGGAAGAGGAGACUGGAGAACAUAGACAAGAUCGCUCAGUGGCAGGCGUCCGUCCUGGAUUGGGAGGGAGAGGACAUCUUGGACCGCAGCUCUGAGUUGAUCUACACGGGAGAAAUGUCGUGGAUAUAUCAGCCUUACGGACGAAGUCAGCAGCGCGUCUUCUUCCUUUUUGAUCACCAGAUGGUUCUUUGCAAAAAGGAUCUGAUAAGAAGAGACAUCUUGUACUACAAGGGACGGAUCGACAUGGACCGCUAUGAGGUUUUGGAUAUCGAAGAUGGACGGGAUGACGACUUCAACGUGAGCAUGAAGAACGCUUUCAAGCUACAUAACAAGGAGACGGAGGAAAUGCACUUGUUUUUUGCCAAGAAGCUGGAAGAGAAACUGAGGUGGCUCAGAGCUUUCCGCGAGGAGAGAAAGAUGGUGCAAGAAGAUGAGAAGAUAGGCUUUGAAAUUUCUGAGAACCAGAAACGACAAGCGGCCAUGACCGUAAGAAAAGUCAGUAAGCAGAAAGGCGUCGGCUACUCCCGAUCCGUUCCUCCGACAUACCCACCUCCCCAGGAGCCACUAAAUCAGGGACAAUACUUGGUCACCGAUGGCAUAGCCCAACCGCAGGUCUAUGAGUUCACCGAACCGAAACGCAGCCAGUCACCUUUCUGGCAAAACUUCAGCAGGUUAACGCCAUUCAAAAAAUAA